AUGUCAUAUAAUAAUCUCACACAUUUAAAAACAACAAUACUAUCACAAUUUACCACUAUUUAUGGAGGAUUAAAAAAAUUAAAAUGGUCAAUUUUAAAUAAUCAACCAUUUCCAACUUUCGUGAAGAAUUUCAUGAUGUAUUUGAUCCCAAUAUUCAUAUGGUUGUUCAUUAUUAUCCUCAUAAAUAUCUUACCUCGACCUUAUAUCCUCACUAAAUUCUUAUUAAGAUUUGAUAAUUAUAUUUUUGACGUCGGUGUGCUCAGCCUAGAUAAACAUUUAAUUGGUCCAUUAUCAUGUUUGUUAUGUGUAGUAACAGGAAGUUUAUUACUCGAAUAUAAUUAUUAUAAUUAUGUCCCUCCGAAUAAGAAUCAUAAAUUACAUUUCCUUGCAUUUCAACCAUCAACUAUUCGAACUUCUUCAUCAAGUUCUUCAUCAUCCUCUUCAUUCGAUUACGAAAAAUCAUUUCUUGAAGAUUCAGAUCCUUUUGAAUCAUCAUCAUCCCUCGAUUUAGAAUCUGAGGAUACUGAUAAUGAUCCUAUAAAUCAAAAAUUAAUCAAUCAAAUUGAUCAAGUGGGUUAUUUACCUUACAAUGCAUGGUUAACUACACCUUUAAUAUUAUUAAACUUAUCAUGGGUUAUCAUCAACUUAUUAUAUUCCCAAAAGGAUCAUGUUACAAAAUUCAAUAAUAUUACUGCUUGGGCUUUCUACGUUAUAGUUCAUUUAGUAGCACCCAUAGUGGUUGUGGUAUGGUUAUACCUUUUCCAUCCCCCAAAUUCUAUAAAAAUCUUCAUAACAACAAUUGGAUUUAAUAAUAUUUUAAUUGCCAUGAUUCAUCUUGUGUUCCCUAAUGCUCCUCCUUUAUUCAUUAAGUUAUAUGGAGAAACAAUGACUCCAACCAAUGAAUUACCUUAUACAGAUGGUAUUACACGUCAAGAUAUGAAACUAGGCGAUUCAUUAUAUCGAGCCGUUUAUUAUGUUGCUCCUAAUAAAUUCACAUCAUGUCCCUCCAUCCAUGCAUCCAUGUCAAGUUUGAUUGUGUUCUUUGUAUGUUUCUAUUCAAGGUAUUCUUGGUUUAAACUCGUGGCUAUAGUAUAUUUAUUAGGUGAAUGGUGGUCGGCCAUGUAUUUAGAUCAUCAUUGGAGAGUUGAUAUUUUAUUGGGAUUAAUAUGUGCAAUCUUCACUUGGACGAUAAGUUUGAAUUUGAAAAGGUUUGGAGUAUUGGCUAAUCAAGAGAGUUAUUAUAAAUUAAGAUUGAAAAGUACAGUUGGUUCUACUUGUAAAGUUUUAAUUGAUGAUAAUAAUAAUUAUGAAGAUAGUGAGGGGGUUACUACAAUGGGGAUGAGAUUAUUCCUGAACACAAGGUUUCAAGACUUCUUUGAUCCGUUAGCAUAA